AUGAAAAUAGCACAAAAACAACAAUUGGAAUUUGUGAAAUUAAUUAGAAAUGAUGAAAUUAGUGAAUUACCGAAUGUUGUGAUUGUUUCACAAUUAAUUGUUGGACUUUCGGAUAAAGAUAAUGUGUUUUUCCUUGAUUUAUUAACGAGCAUACAGAUGAAUUUAUUGAAUCCAUCAGUUUCGGAAUAUCAUUUACUUCAAAUUGACAAUAGUUUAGAUUCAGAUAUCAUGUCAUUAUUAUUUUCGAAUAAGAUUAAAAUUCGCCACAUUGGAAAAGAGAUUAAUAGAUCAAUAUUCUUGAAAUAUUGCAAUGAAUAUUUGAAGGAUAGGACUGUUUUAUAUCUCAAUCAACCUGAUGUUUAUUUUGAUAACACUUUAAUUCUUGCUUCGACUAUUCAAUAUGGAGAAUGUGUGAAAAUUUAUAAGAGAUUGAGCAUGGUGAAACCUUUCGAUUGUGAGAGAGGACAAGGAUCAAUAAGUGAGGGAAUUAUUUUCAAAACCAAUUCACAGGAGCCAUUCAUGGUCAAUGAAGGAGAUCCAGAUUGGACAAAACAAUUAAUUAUUCCAAUGACUGCCAAAAUAUUUAAAACUCAUAAUUGUAAAUUGGCAGAGCAGAUAAAUGGUUGGUUUUUGAGUGAUCCAUCCCAAUUGGUUUAUUCAAAUCUGCAUAUACCCAAUAAUCAGAAAGUAUUAGUUACUAAAAGAGAAGGAGUAAAAAAGGAAUGA